UCUCCGCCUCCCUCCACUACACAACCACCAACACUGCAACCCCCAUCUCCCAUGGCCGCCGCGGUGGCCACAGCGACGACGCCGGCCGCCGCCCACCUCCACCACCACCACCGCCACCACCGCCUCCCCCUCCUCCCCUCCCAGCCACGUCCCCGCCCCACCCUCCGCCUCCGCCUCCUCAUCCCGACACCACCCCCUCUCCGCCGCCUCCUCCGCCGCUCCCCGCUCCUCGCGGCCGCCGCUGUCUCCGCCGAUGGAGGCGGCGGCGGGGGCGGCGGCGGGGAGGAGGCGGAGAGGAAGAGGGAGAAGUCGCGGCAGCUUCAGAAGCGUGUGCUCGUGGGCGUCGCCAUCGGGGUGGGCGCGGGCGGCGUCGUGGUGGCCGGCGGGUGGGUGUUCGCGGCCGCCGUGGCCGCGGCUGUCCUCGCCGGAGCUCGUGAGUACUUCGGGCUCGUCCGCGGGACCGCCGGCGGGGGAGGCACGCCGCCGCCGCGCUUCGUGUCCCGCGUCUGCUCUGCCAUCUGCGCUCUCAUGCCUAUCCUUACCCUGUACUAUGGGCAUAUGGAUGUUACCGUGACGUUUUCUGCAUUCCUUAUUGCGAUAUCAUUGUUAUUGCAAAGAGGAAAUCCUCGUUUUGCACAGCUGACUAGUUCAGUUUUUGGUCUCUUUUAUUGUGGCUAUCUUCCUUCUUUCUGGGUUAAGCUCCGAUCUGGACUAGCUGCUCCUGCCUUAAAUACAAAAAUUGCAUACAGUUGGCCAAUACUUCUUGGUGGGCAAGCUCACUGGACAGUUGGACUUGUAGCAACCUUGAUUUCUAUUAGUAGCAUUAUUGCCGCUGAUACAUCUGCUUUCCUUUGUGGACGGGCAUUUGGUCGCACUCCUCUUACUGAUAUAAGCCCUAAGAAGACCUUGGAGGGUGCUUUAGCUGGUCUAACUGGCUGUGUACUGACCACUGUGCUUCUUUCAAGCGUCUUACAUUGGCCAAGAUCGCUGCUGAGUGCUACUGCUUACGGAAUCUUGAUCUUUCUGGGUUCGUUGUUCGGGGAUCUUGUCGAGUCUCUGAUCAAGCGUGAUGCUGGUGUGAAGGACUCUGGAUCACUCAUUCCUGGCCAUGGUGGGAUGCUUGACCGAGUAGACAGCUAUGUUUUCACAGGGGCACUUUGUUACUCAUUCAUCAAAGUAGCUUUACCUCUCUUUGGAGUCUGAUGCAGCUAGGAGUGCCCUGUUCAUGUACUUCUGCCUUCAGCAGUAUGUUCGCCAAAUGUAUGAUUGAGCCAAGUCGGCAAGUCCUGCUGAGAUGUCGAAUACCAGUUGUCAUCACUGCAAAAACGUGGCUCUUGCGAAGAGAGUAUGAUAUCUGACUUUGAAGUGAGAUAGAACCAUAGAAUGCGGCUGUUAACUUUGUCAGGAUUGAGCUGUUUUUUCCUUGCCAUAGGCAACCUGUUACAAAUAUGUCACUUCUGGUGUAAAUAGUUUGUUCUUACAGAGUAAAAAGGAAACACAACUGAUUCAUUACAAAAAUUGUUUAAUUGUAUUUGGGCGGCUUCUGGGGAAAGAAGGCCUUUUGGGAUGAAACUGUACUUGGUCACCAUUUUUUCAUGCUUCAUGCCUUGCAUUGUAAAGUGUCAACUAUCUGAUACCCCUUUUUAUCGAAUGUCCAUGGAUCAUGCAUGCAAUUGGAUGGAGCGCAAUGAGAUUGUUACUUAACAUUGUCCAUAAAGAUCGAAAAUUCCAUUGAGUGCUGCAAGAUGGUGAAUGUGAUAUUUGAGAAUGCACGAUUGCAUGCAUUGUCAAGUGUCACUAUCUGAUACCUCUUUUAUCUAAUGUUCAUGCAUGCAAUUGGAUGGAAGAUUGUCCAUAGAGGUAAAAAAAAAAUCCAUUGAGCGCUGCAAGAUGAUGAAUGUGAUAUUUGAGAAUGCACUACUGCACGCUAUGGUUCUAGAUUCCUAGUUUUAUUUUGAAGUGAAAACUUGUUGAACUCCAAAGCUUACCAGCACACGUAGCAUACUGGUUGCCAUCGUACUAUCUAAGGUUGUUAGCAUCAAAGUGAAGGUAGAUGCGUCAAUAAUCUUCACUUCUGAUCAGCUGUAAAUGUGUAAAGCUGAACAUAUAACUGAGAUUAAUAGCAGCCAGCCACUCGGUCGUUGAGAAGAGACGAGAGACUAUUUUCCAGCUAAACCUAAGUGCUCAACGGAUCAAGUGUUUUAAUGGCCAUUUUUUUUAUCACAAAAAGAGCAUCAGCUUGAUUGUAUCAUAUUUACUCAGCCAGCCAGACAAGUUACUUUGGAAAGCAAAAUUGCUCUGUACUGUACAUGUAGGACAGGUUAAUCUCCAAAUACAAGGUAGGAGUAUAUAUCAAAGGCAAAUUGAUAAAAGCUGAAGAAUCCGAUCUCUCAUUCCUCCUCUUAGCCUAACAAAUGAAACAUACUACCAAGUCUUAUCGUGUCAUCUGGUAUCAGCGAUUCUGCGCAGAGGGGAAGCCUUCACGGUGAGAUUUUCUGGAGACAACCAUCAUUUCGAAAGCCAGUAAAUAAUCAAAAAGAUGGUGCAGGCCGCGAUCACUGCUGAAAGGAUGAUAGUGUCCUUUGAUUUCUUCCUCUUGAUGGCACCUGUAGCAAGAAUGUGUAAGAAAGGUAGUGGUGUACUAACUACUAACACAAACUAAAACAAACAUGAUCAUGGAAAGUUGGGAUGCAGAAAUUUCGGUGAAUAAUAGAUUAGCACAUUUAGCACAAUGCCAGUUCAGAACAAUAUGUAAGAAAGGAUCAAUAAAAAUGUAAAUUGGGGAUUGAUACAUUACCAAGUAGUCCUCUAAUAACAGGGAACUUUUCACCCAACUGCUUGACUUUUCCUUGAACAUCCCCAAACAAUGCCCUCUGAUUGGAAAGGGCUACCCUUGUGCUCUGAGCUUGGCCAAUUACCUCAUCAAUCUGGAAACAAGUCAUAGCUGUUACUUAAUAUAUUGUACAGGAUGAGCUACCUUUUUUACAUUGUUGUGCUAGAUAAACCAAAAAUCCUCAGAAAUGCAUACUCGUAAUGCUGAAGACAGAAAUACCACGAUUUCCUUCCUUUUUCCACUCAGACUACCUCAAUUAUUCUAGUUGUUUUUUCAUAACUAAUCAAAUGGUUGAAAGAUGAACUAGCAAUGAGAGAGAUUAGAUAGACCCUCCUCCAAACUUUACACUACAUCAAACGCCAUUGACAGGCAGAUUGUCAUGAUCAUGAGAUAACAUAAGUCCAGUCCAACUAAUGAUGAACAUGGCAUGCCUAUAGACAUAAAUUCUUCUAGCCAAUGAACAUCUAUGCGACUAUGCCAACCAGGAAACCAUUUGAUCAGUGCAAGUGUGCAACAACAACCUUAUUUUAGCUCAAGCCAUACCUGGUUAAUGCUGCCAUGAAUCGAGGCCCUCUCCCUGAGCAAAUGCACCCUCGGCGACAUGCCGCCAGUAGCCUAGACAACCACAACGAUCAAUCAGGCCAGCACAACACGAUAGCACAUUACAUUACAACCAUUUUGUGGAGUUAAUCAGUUAAACCAUUUUGUAGAGGGGUUUGAGGCAAGAACCUUGGACUCAGUAAUGUCGUCCCGCACAGAGCUGAGGAGAUCGGCGUGCUCCCUGAUGGAGCUCAGAUUCCCCCUCGUCCUCCUGAACUCCUGUGGCGAUCAGUUACAAGCAGUGUGAGGGGGAGGAGAGGUGAGGGAGUUGGGGGGGGGGGGCGGGGGGGCGGGCAGGGGCUAGGGUUUACCUGCGCGAACUCGUGGAGGAUGUCGCGGUGGCGGGCGAGCUUCUGCGAGACGGAGGUGGUGGGGGCGGUGGAGGCGGCGCAGCGGCUCAUGGCGUCGUUGACGUCCUGCAGCUUGUCGAGCAGCGACUGGAUCUCGAACUCCAUGGACUUCCAGGAGGAGCGCUCGCUCGGGGAGGAGGCGGAGGCGGCGUCGGCGGCGGAGGAGGAGCGCGCGGCGAGGCGCGCGUAGGAGGAGAGCUUGACGUCGAGGUCACCCUCCAGCUUCCGUGCCUCCCGCCGCAGCUCCUCCCACCCGGACUCCUGCAGCUCCAGCGCCGCCGCCGCCGC